AUGGUGGACCGCGAGCAACUGGUGCAGAAAGCCCGGCUGGCCGAGCAGGCGGAGCGCUACGACGACAUGGCUGCGGCCAUGAAGAACGUGACAGAGCUGAAUGAGCCGCUGUCCAAUGAAGAAAGGAACCUCCUCUCUGUGGCCUACAAGAACGUAGUUGGGGCACGCCGUUCUUCCUGGAGGGUCAUUAGUAGCAUUGAGCAGAAGACCUCUGCAGAUGGGAAUGAGAAGAAGAUAGAAAUGGUCCGUGCCUACCGUGAGAAAAUCGAGAAAGAGCUGGAAGCAGUGUGUCAGGAUGUGCUGAGUCUGCUGGAUAACUACCUGAUCAAAAAUUGCAUCGAGACCCAGUAUGAGAGUAAAGUGUUUUACCUGAAGAUGAAAGGGGACUAUUACCGCUACCUGGCCGAAGUAGCCACAGGAGAGAAACGGGCGACUGUCGUGGAGUCCUCCGAGAAGGCCUACAGUGAAGCCCACGAAAUCAGCAAGGAGCACAUGCAGCCUACCCACCCGAUUAGAUUAGGCCUGGCCCUCAACUACUCCGUUUUCUACUACGAGAUCCAGAAUGCCCCAGAGCAAGCGUGCCACUUGGCCAAGACCGCUUUCGAUGACGCCAUCGCCGAGCUCGACACCCUCAACGAGGACUCCUACAAGGACUCCACGCUCAUCAUGCAGCUCCUCCGUGACAACCUCACACUCUGGACAAGCGACCAGCAAGACGACGACGGAGGCGAAGGCAACAAUUAGGCCCGGGUGGACUGGCAGCGCACGCCGAUGCUACUACUGCAGUCUUUAUUUUUUUCCCAUGAGUUGGGGGUCGGGUAGGGGAGGGAAAGGGAGGGAUGACCUUCCUAGGGAGGAAACCCACGACACGUCCUGUCUUUGAUCGCCUCUUUGACAUUUUUGCCAAAAUACCACUAGUGGAAAGUCAGGCUAGCUGUGCUGGUAUUGGAAUAGCGGCCUCACACUGGCGUAUGGACUGUUCUGUAGAUGAAUGCAAGUGGAGCUGUCUGUCUUUAAUUUAACUUAUUGCUAGAUCAUAGGGUUUUAAGAUGAAAAGAAAACUUAAACGGAAUGGCCCUCUUUCAGUAAGUUCUGUGGUUCCAGUAAGGAUUUUAUGUACAUAUGCUCUUGUCUUAAGUUUUGGGUACUUCCUCUCAUCUGUUUUAGCUGUGCGUUUUUUUCAGGGUGUACUCUACCAGACAAAGAGUAGCUUAAAUCCCAAACUGACAAACUUGGAACAUGAGGUGUAUUUAUCCUUAUG